GCCUUGAUAGCUCGUGCGGAUGAGUUUGCUGCCCGAGGACACAUGGCUAUCGGGGACCGGGCUAAUAAAGGAUUAGGCAUUAUUUUCAGCAACAACGAGGAAUGGUUACAAGUUCGGCGGUUUGCUCUCACCACUCUGCGCAACUUUGGGAUGGGGAAGAGGAGCAUUGAAGAGAGGAUCCAGGAGGAAGCUGAGCACUUGCUUGAAGAGAUCACAAAAACAAAGAGUACGAUCCGCUUUUCAUAUAGCCUACAUUUGCAAAAAAAGGAACGUGCCAAGGGAGCCCAUGUUCUUAGCAGAAGCUGUAGAGUCUCCAUUCUUGGAGAUACUCAAAAGAUGUCGGCAUGUGCUCCUGCAGCAGCGGCUCUAGGCGGCCCUGCUUGAACAGUGGGCAAGGUGGCAUCCCAGAAGACUCUGAACCAUUCUGUGAGUCUGUUAGGGCACC